GAGAGAGAGAGUGUAAUGGAUUUCUAAUAAUAAUCUAUUACAUGAAUCAGGUCUUAUGCAGUGCAGGCCCCUUGUCUCGCCCAGGAGCCUGCCUGCCUGGGCCUUCGGCGGGGAGCCUCUGCGCGAAGGAGGCGGAUCAGCUGAUCCGGCGGAUCCAAAAUGGCGGACGGCGGCCUCUUCCACGCUCAGGCUUUCUUGGUCGACGAGCUGCUGGAGGACGAGAUGAUGGCAGCUGCAGCCGUGAUUGCAGACAGGAACGAGUUUUUAAGAAACAGAGAAGCACUGCAGCGCCGGAAGAAGCCGCAGAAGCAGCCGGCGCUAACGGUCGACUACGUUGAGGUGGUCGUUCCUGGAUACUCGGAUGCGGUUUUCAAGUCACAUUUCCGCAUGCAGAGAACAUCCUUUGAGGAACUGUGUCGGCUACUUGGCCCGCACCUGACUGCCAAGACUGUUUCAAUCAGGAAGAAGAUAUUAUCCUCAUUAUGGCUUCUUGGCAACACUGAAUCUUUCCGAGGUGUGGCCAAUCGUUUUGGUUUAAGCAAGGCCACUUUACACAGUGUUCUUUUUGAAGUCUGCAAUGCCAUAGAAACAGUUUGGGGAAGACUGAUUGUUUGGCCAACUACCAGCCAACAGUACAGAGACCUUGCAGAUGGUUUCAGGAGAAAGACAGGCUUCCCAGGGGUUGUGGGUGCCAUAGAUGCAACUCAUAUUCCUAUACCUGGGCCAAAAGUUAAUAGGGAAGCUUACAUAAACAGAAAGGGGUUUCCUAGCAUGCAAUUGCAAGCUGUCUGUGACAGUGACCUAAGGUUCCUUGAUAUUGUUUCAGGGUGGGCAGGAUCAGUUCAUGAUGCCAGGGUCUUUAGAAACAGUGCUUUAAGCAACUGGCUUGCCAAUGGUAAUUUGCCUGAGGAUCACCACUUACUAGGGGACUCAGCAUAUGCGCUAACACCAUACUUGAUCGUUCCGUAUAGAGACAAUGGGAGUCUCACUCCAGAACAAAGGGCUUUCAACCAACGUCACACAUCAGCGAGAGUUGUGAUUGAAAAAGCCUUUAACCUCCUUAAAUGUAAAUUUAGGAGGCUGAAGUAUCUGGACAUGAAAGUCAUGGACAAAAUUCCACAGGUGAUUUGUGCAGCUUGUGCACUGCACAAUUUCAUUUUGUUAACAGAAAAGCUGGAUAAUGAUGAGGACUAUCUACGAAUUAUAGAACAAGCUCCAGCAGAUGUAAAUGACGGCCCUGUUGAUGAGUUUCUUAUACCACGUACAGAGAACACAGCAGGCCAGGCUAAGAGGGAUGAGCUGACAAACCUUUUGAGUCAGGUUUGCUAAAUAUAACAUGUAUAUAUAUUUUGUAAAUAUUUCUGUCAUAUGUCUGUAUAUAUAAAUGAAACAUAUAAUUAGAAACCUG